GUUCAUAAAUGGAGAGAACAAAGUAAGAUUAACAUCUUAACAUGUGGGAUACGUAAUCCUGUGAAGCAGAGAUCCCCAAAUAAUCUGUUAAAUUGGAUUCCCUGUCUGGACUCCAGUGGGACGGGACAGGACAGGCUUGCCUGGAGGAGACCUGCCCUGGGUUCAGAACCAUGACAAGAGUUGUGGCCCAGGAAGGAGAGCCCAAUGGGGCCAUCGCAGCUCCAGAAGAGAUAAAAGAGGAGGAAAUGGAAGAGAGAGGACAGUGGAGUAGCAAAAUGGAAUUUGUGCUAUCUGUGGCUGGGGAGAUCAUUGGUCUGGGUAACGUGUGGAGGUUCCCAUACCUCUGCUACAAGAACGGUGGUGGAGCCUUCCUCAUCCCUUACCUCAUCUUCCUCUUCACCUGCGGGAUCCCCCUGUUCUUCCUGGAGACGGCGCUGGGGCAGUACACCAGCCAAGGAGGGGUCACUGCCUGGAGGAAGAUCUGUCCCAUCUUUGAAGGAAUUGGAUAUGCCUCACAAGUCAUCGAGUGCUAUCUGAAUAUCUACUACAUCAUCAUCUUGUCCUGGGCACUCUUCUACCUGUUCAGCUCCUUCACCACGGUGCUACCGUGGGCCAGCUGCAAUAACCCCUGGAACUCAGAUCUCUGUGUGGACAUUCUGAAUAGCUCCAGCCUGGACAACAGGACCUUGCCUGCAAAUGCCACCUCCUCAAUGAUUGAGUUUUGGGAGAAGCGAGUCCUGGGGCUCACGGAUGGUAUUCACAAACUGGGCACUGUGCGCUGGGAGCUGGCUCUGUGUCUCCUGCUGGCGUGGAUCAUCUGGUACUUCUGCAUCUGGAAAGGGGUCAAGUCCACAGGCAAAGUUGUUUACUUCACUGCCACCUUCCCGUACGUGAUGCUUAUCAUUCUGCUGGUGCGAGGCGUCACGCUGCCAGGUGCUGCCGAGGGGAUCAUCUUCUACCUGAAACCGGACAUUUCCAGGCUGGCAGACCCCCAGGUCUGGAUGGAUGCAGGCACUCAGAUCCUCUUCUCUUAUGCCAUUUGCCAGGGGUGCCUGACAGCUCUGGGCAGCUACAACAAAUAUACCAACAACUGUUACAGGGACUGCAUCAUGCUCUGCUUCCUGAACAGUGCCACCAGUUUUGUUGCUGGCUUUGCCAUUUUCUCGGUGCUGGGCUUCAUGGCUCAAGAGCAGGGUGUGCCCAUUGCUGAAGUGGCUGAAUCAGGUCCUGGCCUGGCUUUCAUAGCAUAUCCAACGGCAGUAACAAUGAUGCCUGUGUCUCAGCUCUGGUCCUGCCUCUUCUUCCUCAUGCUGAUCUUCUUGGGACUGGACAGCCAGUUUGUCUGUGUGGAAAGCAUGGUGACAGCUCUUAUUGACAUGUUCCCGGGAGCGUUUCGGAGGAAGGGACGUCGGGAGUUGCUGAUCCUGGCCAUUGCAGUCAUAUGCUACCUGCUGGGCUUAUUGCUGAUCACUGAGGGUGGGAUGUACAUCUUCCAGCUCUUUGACUACUAUGCUGCCAGCGGCACGUGCCUGCUCUUCCUGGCCAUUUUUGAAGUCAUAUGUGUAGGAUGGGUGUAUGGUGCCAACCGCUUCUACGACAACGUUGAGGACAUGAUUGGUUUCCGGCCGUGGCCCUUGAUCAAGAUAUGCUGGCUGGUGUUCACCCCGGGUCUGUGCUUGGCCGUCUUCUUGUUUUCCCUGAUCAAGUACACACCCUUGAAAUACAACAAUUCCUACGUCUACCCACUCUGGGGCUACGUGGUGGGCUGGUUGAUGGCACUCUCCUCCAUGGUCUGCAUUCCUCUCUACGCCAUCUUCAUUCUCCUGAAAACCAAAGGACCCCUGAAGCAGCGGCUAACACAGCUGAUUUCCCCAGCGGAGGAUCUGCCGCAGCCCAAGAAGCACGUGGCGAGUUCGUCUGAACUGAAGCGCGAGGGAUGGUGUCCCCCGGUCCAGGAGGUGCUCAGCAUCACAGAGAGAGAAACCCACUUCUAA